AUGGAUCGCCUACGCCGGGCGAGCACGCCCCGGCGACCGGAGUCCUUCAUGGACGCAUCCAGCACUCGCCGCGAGAGCAACGUCGCCGGCGCGGCGUUCCCAGCACCACGCUAUCCUAUCCCCGAGUCCUCCGAAUCCAAUCCCAGCGACGAACGGUACAUAUUUAACGCCAUCCGAGCCAGCACGUCGAUUGACGAAGCCCGCUCUCGCGAAGCUAUUCCUAGAAUUUCCGCCUUCGAGCAGAGACUGGCAGCCAACCUAGCCAUGUUCGUCCCGACAGAUUACUCGCAGGGUCCCUCGUCGACGGAUUCUCCCUAUGAAGGUAUCCAAACACACAGACCGAUGAUCUACUGGCGGUCCCAGAUGCUGUCUGAUCCGUACCCACAUCACGCGGUGCAAUCUGUUUCAAACGAGAUUCGCCAGUUGGAUCCUCUGGCGCAUCGCAAAGCUGUCUCCGAUGGAAGUCGUCCUGCUGCCAGAAAGCCUGGCAACAAUUUGGGUCCGGCUGUGGCGCCGGCCCAGCCUCGAUAUCCGCCGCCUGCGAGGGCGCCCACGCCUCCAGGGCUCCCUUCAUUUGGUUCUCCAGAAGCGGUUCGUACCUCUGCGCAGUUUCUGACUCGACGGCGUGGUGUAGAUGGUCAGCGAACCCACUCAUAUGGCGAUACCUUGAGACAGUUCUUCGGCUUGUCGCCGUCGUCUCCUGCAUCACCACAGCACCCACGUCCCAGCAACGUGCAUUCUGUGGUAGGUAUCGGACGAGCCGAAGAUGGGACGGUCGUGCAGGGCCGGUUUCCCUACCGGCAGAGCGGACAUGGAAUGAACCUGGCCGGAGAGCUACACGAUCACCCAUUCCAUCAGCGAAACCUUCCCGCUGCGAACGGCGGCACUGAGGGUGUCCCCGAAGAUAGAGAUGCAAAAGAUAUCCAAACCCCAACUCCAGCUCCAUCUCCUGCUUGGGGACGCAGGGACGAGCGCACUGCGAGACACCAUUUCCUCGCCGCUAGUGCUGUCUCGCCUGCUAUCCCCGAACCGGCUACCAUCGCCAACCGCUGCAAAUCAGGCUUUGCAUCGCCAUUCAGACUUCCCCGGAGACUAUCCCGCCUGAAUGAAGUGAGAAGCGCAGCACCAACUGCCAAUCCAGUGGUAUCCCUUACCCAAGGCGUCGAAGUCUCCAGCAACCAACCCACCGGCCCUUCUUCUUCAAAUGCACAACCGCAUUCAAUCCCAACAACCAUCACCACCAUUGCAAUACCUGAAAGCAUCGACUCCGAAACACCUGCACCGUUGAACGUUGGGGCUUCGAUAGCAGCACAGUUCUAUCUCUGCUGCUGCAUGGCCAUCUGCCCUGGGCAUGAUACCCACGAUGAACAUGAACACGAACUCGAACUCGAGCAUCAAUCGCUUGAGCAGAUCAGUUCGAGGGAUACAUAUGCUACAGCGCGGAGCCAUCUCUCUCGCGGUUCCAGAAAUGGUCCGGAACAGCAUUCCGGAAGGCAGGGAUUGCAAGUGCCGCCUUGGAUCUUGGGUGCGUAUCAGCGGGUGUUUCCUGCUUGGCUGGGUCGUGGAUUGUGA